UCACUCGAGCAGUGGAUCGGUCAUCCUGAUGAAACAUCCAAUCAAACGGGUGGAUAAUGAAUUCACAACACAAUGAUGCGUGUGCGCUGUGUCGUGACUGACCAUAUAUCAAGCAAGAUCUCAUCAGUGAUACUGCCAAGAACGACGAUCAAGACCAGCACACAACACAUAAUGAUUGUGUGUCUCUUGUCUGUUGUGCUUACGGGUGUUUGCAGUCGAAGUAGACCGAGAGGAUUAAGCAAGUGGUGUGUAUGGCGAUCAUAAUCGACACGAAGAAGGCAGCUAUGUUUUGUGUCCACGCGGUGAUGUCGGCCAUCCUGGCGAGGGAGUCACCCGCACCGCCCACCACCCCAGCUAUAUGGCUGUCAACGAUCACACUCCUGCAGACACGGAAGCACUCACACACGCAUCAUGACCUAGGUGUGUGUGCCAGCGGUGUCAGCUGACCUGAAGAGUGAAGAGAAUUCUGUGAGGUGAGUGCACUCACAGCAGAGGGUCGUCUCAUUCGACAGCGCCAAAUUCACAUGACAACCUACACAUACACACCCGUUAAUUCAUUGAUCGACCGAUGGAUUGAUCCGAGAGACACGUGUGUGCAUGGCUGACCUUGUGUGUCCCACUGGUGCGUCGAUGCGUUCCAGAAGCCACACACCACAUGUACAUCGUACGCCCUCUCCGUUCCAUUGACAGAGGCAUUGCCAGCCGCCGGCACGCUGUCAGCUGAGGGGCGAGGGAUGAACAGCCGGAAGGGCCUUUGCUGCCCGUCACCCGCCGUCAGCUGCAGGUCGCUGCCGCAUUGUCGGGCCGACACAGCCAAAGUGCCCUGCGCUGCAUUUCUAAGAGUGUCGUUGGCGGUCAGGUUGGCCAUUGGCACCUCCUCCUGAGCGGCAUAAGCGUAUGGGUCGUCGGCCCAGAAGGUCAUCUGCACACUCUCGCGCAGCCCGCCGCCAUCGGCGCACACGGCUGGUGGGAUGGAUGGCAAUGAAGGCAUGUCCACGGCCACACUGGUUUCCUUCAUCGUGAGUGUGGCCCCACUGGCCGUGUCUGUGCGGGCAACUCUCAGCCGCGUCUUGGCGCCCACCACUUCGGCCGUGCCAUUUGGAUGUGCGGCUGCACGUGUGGCGAGGCUGUCUGCCAGCUGGGCUGUGGUGCCGAUGAUAUCAGAUGACAACGUGUGAUAGGUCCCGUUGGCAGCCGGUGUCAGCCGCCGAAGGUGUCCGUCGGCCUUUGCUGUCCUGUUGAGUUGUCUGAGGAGGCCGGCCGCCCCAUCGAGAUAGUACUGAAGGCCCUGCAGCUCCUUGACGGCAUCCGCGAGAGUGUCGUCCGGCUGGGAGAUGGUGUCCGCCGAGACGGCCGCGAGAGCCUUGAACGUCGCGACGCCCGCCUCCGCCGUGUCCAUGUCGUCGUUCUCUGCACACACAAGACAGCACGGCAAUCAGGUGAUCUUGUGUGUCUAUCUUUGUUCUGCUGCAUGCCUGUCUCAUCGGCCACCUCGACGGUCGUCGCCAGCGUGACGGCUGACAAGAGCACUUCAGCCGGGCUGCUCGACACAUCACUCAACUUUGUCGACCGAUCGAUAGCAGCCUGACCAGGUACACAAAGGACAGAGGAAUUGGGUGCCCUGUCGUUGCUUGUGUGUGUCGACAUGUACCUUUUGCAGGUUGCGCAUAAGUGCCUUGACGACUGCGUUUCUUUGCGCCUUGGUCUCUUCCUGUGUGGAAUUGGGCUUUGCCAGCCCGGCCAUGUCCUCUUUGCGGGCCACUUUGGCGACGUUAAUAGUCUUGAGUAGCCGAGAGCUGAAGUCCUCGGGCGAAUCCACGGGCGGCGGUGUGGGUGGUUCCUCGCCCUCGCCCCCCACCAGGCUGCCGAUCGUGUCCUCUGCAUCCGAGAUGUCAACUGCAUCGGGGUUCUGCAGCAAGUAAAAGAGACAUGCGCACACACGAGACAUACAUGCACCGAUGCAAGUGUCUCGUCUCUCGGUGGGGCCAGUCACUUUGAGAUUGUCUAGGUCGUCUGUGAUAUCGUCCACGUCCACCGGCGGGACGAGCACCGGGGGCGCACCAGCUAAAGACAAACACGGAGGGAGGCAGCAACAGCCAGCCGAUCGACGUUCAUUGUGCCUCUCGCGUAUCUUUCUCACUCACUUGUGGGCGCCAUUGGCGGUUCUGUCGUUGGAAUGCCUGGCUGGGGGACUGUUGUCGGUGGUGCAGUGGUCACAGGGCCUGUGGUCGGUGCAGCCGUGGUUGCUGGCGGAGGUUGGGCGGUUGUCGACGGUGGCAAUGUGGUGGGAGGUGGAGGUGGCGGGGCUGUGGUCACGGGUGGAGGGGGAGCAGUCGUCGGUGGUGCUGUCGUUAUGAGGACUGAGGGAGGCGAGCAAGGGGACACGAGACAGAGAGAGGGAGAGGCAGAGAGAGCUGACGAAAAGGCAAGCCUUGUGCUUACAGCAUGGCGAGCCUGGCGUAGGGCAUGUGUAUCCUGCUUCAAUCUGGCACGUAUCUGAGCAUCCGUCUCCCGCCGCCGUGUUCCCGUCAUCGCACUGAGAACGUACACAGCCAGCCAGUCAUCAUCGGUGCUUGUGAGACCGUCUCACGCUCGUGCACGUACAAAGAAAGACAUUACCUCCUCCCCGCCAACCAAGAGGCCGUCACCACAUACUGGUACGCAACUCGCGCUGGGUGUUGGGCAUGUAUAGCCUGAUUCAAUCUGGCACGUGUCUGAGCACCCGUCGCCCGCUGCAGUGUUCCCGUCAUCGCACUGAGAACGUUCACAUGCACACACUUCCGAGACUCGCCCAUCUGUGCGUGGGCACAAUACGCGUACCUGUUCUGAGCCCUUCAGUUGACCAUCCCCACAUAUGGCUGCCGCGCAAAGACGCAAAAGACAACAACAGUUUUUGCUGUGGUACGUGUGGCGUGGCGUGGUGUGAUGCAUACUUACGAUCGCACGGAAACCCAGGGGUCGAACAUACCCACCCCACCUCCAGCAAACAGUUGUCGUCGCAUCCGUCGCCUACAGACACGAGCAGCGGAAUGGAUGUUCUUCCUCGUGUGCUGUUUAUUGUCGUUACCGACGGCCGUAUUCCCAUCAUCACACUGAGACACCAAUGUACACAGCCAGUCAGCCACAUCGAUACUUGCGAGACUCGCUAUCCAUCGCUUAUGUAAAUACAUAGGUACAGACACAGACCUGUUCCCCGCCAAUCACGAGGCCGUCGCCACAUAACGGUUCGCAAAUCUCUCCGGGUGUGGGGCAUGUAUAGCCUGAUUCCGUCUGGCAUGUAGCCGAACAACCGUCGCCCCCCAUGUCGUUGCCAUCUGGGUGGAAGCAACAAAAGGAGACGGAGGGCAUAUGGCGUCAUGACAGCUGCUGACUGCAGUGCAGUACAAUAAGUACCAUCACAGGUUUCGCUUCCAGUCACAAUGUAAUCGCCGCACUUCGCUUCAGGCUCAAUAUCUAGAAGAGGACAGUUACACCGUACUGCCUUCAGAGAUGCGCUGCGGAUCUGCGCUUCUGUGUUUACCGAGGCAGUUGGCUGCACAUGCACAAUCCCGGAUCCCAGCUGUAGCAUGGAUACCACACCAUUGCACGCAAGACAGAAGGCAAAAAACGGAAUAGAACAGAACAUGUCCAGUCUCCCCUUUCAUCCUACUGACAGUCGUAGUUCCCGUCGGGGAACUGGUUCCAUCCGUCCGGCGCCGGGUCUGCUCCCCAUUUGAGGAAGCAGGAACCGGCAUUGUGGAAAGAGAACCCACGGCACUCGGGCGUAUUCCGGCACGCCGCCGCACAUUCGUUGUAAGUGAAGCCGGGAGCUCCGUGCCAAUUAAAGAGGUUGCCGCUGAAGAGAACCUCCCCAUUAUACUGCUUAAAGGUGUCGCAACCUUCAAAGAUAUGCCACGAGACAGGACAAGCAAUGCGAGACUCGUGUGUUUGUGUUUCUAUGUGAUUGACCUGGUUGAACGAUAAACUCUAUUGUCGCGGGAGUAUUGCUCACAAGGUUGCCCGAGAAAUCCGCCACAUUGUGUGAAGGAUCGAGUCCAAUCACGACUUUGGCAGUGGUGAAUCCGGGAGGCAACUCAUCCAGACGGAUCUGAGUGACAAAUGGAGAUAAGACACAUCCCCCACCCCCGCAUACACACAUAUGCUGUCGUGCCCACCUCGACGCCCCAUUUGUCACUCCAUAGCGGCCAUGUGACAUUCUCCUGGUGCAAAGGCGCGAGGUGGACCCAGCCCAGGCCCCCGUCAAAAGUGCAGUUGGUGCAAUGGAUGUCCAGAUCAGAGGGGUCAAUGUGCUUCACUGGCUCGGUGAAGUGAAUCUCUGUUGGGCCAAAACGGAGGAACAUGCGUGUGGAUUUUCUGUUCCGUUCUCUGGUGAUUGCGUACCAGCGAAUAGAUGGAUGUAGUUGGGGUGGUUGUAGAAGUUGGGGACGCUCCCACCGGGUAAGGGUAAAGCGCUCGUGUCGCCGCGGCGCACUAUCAUCAUCUCAGGUGCUUUCACAUCUUAAAAAAACACGGAAAGAAGACAGACAGACAGACAGACAGAGCAGUAGGAUAUGAUGUCUGGAAUCACUUUACCAGCAUUCACGGAGCAGGCCCUCGCGGAGCUGACUUGAGCGGGGUUUACUGAGCCACUGAGCUCGGCUUGAUCAUAGAGGCGACAGGGAGCUGGGACCGACCCGCCGCCAGGUUGGCCAUUCCGGGCGUCGAAGGUGAAGGAUUCGCAACUGGGGUUCUCAAGACACAGUCGGCUACAGUGCCACCAAGACUCGGCAUUGGUGUCCUCGAUUGUUGAAUGCGUCAAACCCUCCCCCCAGAGCAUUCCGCAGCCUGACGAAGCGCACACACACAGAUUCGCGCAUCGACUUUAUCGACUCAGGCACACACCGUGGUACACGAUGAGUGUAUUCGACGGGUUGUUGUGGUCCAAAUUUCCGUAGUUACGUGAGAACACAUUCCCCGGCACCUGGAUCGUCACGCGUCCCUUCUGUAUGGGCCAUAUCCACUCGACAAUCUCUCUGUUGGUUGGCUGUGAAACAAAUACGAUAACUCCGUUGACGCCGCCGAGUGUCUGCCAGCUCGUCAGGUUGGUGAAGUUGUUGAAGGCCAGACCAGAAAUGUCCUCUGAAAACCGGAUGGUGACCUCGAAAUAGUUGGCUUCAGCGUCCGCGGGGAAGACAGAUGGCAUCAGCACUUGCACCGAUGGAGGCUCCACUGCACAAAUAAACACGAGACUUGCAAUAAUCUCUUUGCUUUGCCUGUGGUCGAGUGUGGUUGGUUGGCCAUGGUCACGCACCGCAGCCGGCCUCGUGCUUCUCACACUGACAGGAUACAUACAU